CUGUGUGCACGCCUCACUCCCAAAAGAAAAAAAAAGAAAACGAGAAAAUGAAAAAGAAAAAGACAGAUAACAAUCCCACACCUUCACUCAACACUCUCCAGGAGAGAGCAAAAAGGGAAAGUUCUAUAAAAAAGUAGAGCAGAAAAUGUCUUAAAAUCUUUCAAAUUUUUUUUAUAACCUUUUUAGUGUGUUAAUGUUAAUGAGUUGUUGGUCUUUUGGGCACUCCGUUGGGCAUUUGGGAUGAGAUCGAGCUUUUGAUUACGAGUCUUUGUGCGUGUAACUUUGGUUUUUAUUCUUCUAUUUUUUGGGAAAAAGUAACAAUGUUGGUCGUUUUUAUGUAAGAUUUGGGUGUUUGUAGGGGUUAUUGGUGAUGGUGAGUUUGGUGGGUGUGGGAUAUUAUUUGGAUCUGAGAGCAAUUUAGUGACAGAGAUGGAAGCGAAAGCUAUUGGGGUUUCUGUUUUGCUGUGGUUGAUCCUAUUGGUUCGUCCAUUAUGCUUAAUUUCAGCUAACAUGGAAGGUGACGCUUUACACAGCCUAAGGACGAGCUUAGAGGACCCUAACAAUGUCCUGCAGAGUUGGGAUCCUACCCUUGUUAACCCUUGCACAUGGUUUCAUGUCACCUGCAACAAUGAUAAUAGUGUCAUCAGAGUUGAUCUUGGAAAUGCGGCAUUAUCUGGUCAACUUGUUCCGCAGCUUGGCCAGCUCAGGAAUCUACAGUAUUUGGAGCUUUACAGUAAUAAUAUAAGCGGACAGAUUCCCAGUGACCUGGGAAAUCUUACUAGCUUGGUGAGCUUGGAUCUUUACUUGAAUGGUUUUACUGGUCCCAUCCCAGACACAUUGGGCAGGCUGUCAAAACUGAGGUUCCUUCGGCUUAACAACAACAGCCUAGUGGGUCCAAUUCCUAUGUCACUGACUAAUAUCUCAUCACUGCAAGUGCUGGAUCUCUCUAAUAACAAACUCUCUGGACCAGUUCCAGACAAUGGAUCCUUUUCAUUAUUCACUCCCAUCAGUUUUGCUAACAACCAAGGUCUAUGUGGCCCAGUUACUGGACACCCUUGCCCUGGCUCUCCUCCAUUUUCUCCCCCUCCUCCUUUCGUACCACCGCCUCCAAUUUCUGCCCCAGGCGGUAAUAGUGCCACUGGGGCGAUUGCUGGAGGAGUUGCUGCAGGUGCUGCUUUACUGUUUGCUGCACCUGCAAUUGCAUUUGCGUGGUGGCGUCGAAGGAAACCUCAAGAGUUUUUCUUUGAUGUACCUGCCGAGGAGGAUCCAGAAGUCCAACUGGGGCAGCUUAAAAGGUUUUCACUGCGAGAAUUACAAGUUGCAACGGAUAGUUUUAGCAACAAAAACAUUCUUGGUAGAGGUGGAUUUGGGAAGGUUUACAAAGGACGCCUGGCAGAUGGUUCACUGGUGGCUGUAAAAAGAUUGAAAGAAGAGCGUACACCUGGUGGUGAGCUGCAGUUUCAAACAGAAGUUGAGAUGAUCAGCAUGGCUGUGCAUCGAAACCUCCUACGGUUACGAGGAUUCUGCAUGACACCAACUGAGCGGCUACUUGUUUACCCCUACAUGGCUAAUGGAAGUGUCGCAUCAUGUUUAAGAGAACGCCCACCAUCUCAGCCACCGCUUGAUUGGCCAACAAGGAAACUGAUUGCACUGGGAUCUGCAAGGGGUCUUUCUUAUCUACAUGAUCAUUGCGACCCAAAGAUUAUACAUCGUGAUGUGAAAGCUGCAAACAUUUUGUUGGACGAGGAGUUUGAGGCUGUUGUUGGGGACUUUGGGUUGGCAAAACUUAUGGACUACAAGGAUACCCAUGUUACAACCGCUGUACGGGGGACAAUUGGGCAUAUAGCUCCAGAGUACCUAUCUACAGGGAAGUCUUCUGAGAAGACUGAUGUUUUUGGGUAUGGGAUCAUGCUUCUAGAGCUAAUCACUGGGCAGAGGGCUUUUGACCUUGCUCGGCUUGCAAAUGAUGAUGACGUCAUGUUGCUUGAUUGGGUGAAAGGACUUCUGAAAGAAAAGAAACUUGAAAUGUUGGUUGACCCUGAUCUUCAGAAAAAUUACAUAGAAGCGGAGGUAGAGCAGCUAAUCCAGGUUGCACUGCUUUGUACGCAAGGUUCCCCAAUGGACCGGCCCAAGAUGUCGGAAGUAGUGAGAAUGCUCGAAGGUGAUGGGUUGGCAGAGAGAUGGGAUGAGUGGCAAAAGGUAGAAGUUCUCCGCCAGGACGUAGAACUUGCUCCUCACCCUAGCUCUGAUUGGAUUGUUGACUCCACAGAAAAUCUACAUGCAGUUGAGUUAUCUGGUCCAAGGUGACCCUGGCACAGUAGAAGUAAAGAAAGAAAUCAAUAUAAAAUUUUCUUUUCCUUUUUUUUUUUUUUAACUUAAUGACUAUUUUCUGAUGAUGUCACCUGUAAGUUCACUCUGCAUUGUAUUCAUUACAUUUGUGCAUACGAGUCAGCUUUGCCGAGGUGCAAUGUGUAUCAUUUGCUGCAGUUCGAAGAAGCUUUGAUGAUUUUGGCUUA